CCGUCCUCUCUCUGUCUCUCUCUCCCCCCCCCACCCUGUCUCUCCCUUCCUCCCUCCUUCCCUCCCUCCCUCCUUCCCUCCCUCCCUCCCUCUCUCUUACUCGGAGACAGUCAGAACUCUCCUCCCUGACAGCCACAAACCUACAGCACUGACUGCAUUCAGAGAGGGAACCUGCAAACAAAACUUCACAGAAAACUUUUUGUUCUUGUUCCAGAGAAUUGACUGAAGAGGAGAAAGGAAAAAAAAAAAAAAAAAAAGAAAGAAAGAAAAAAAAAAAAACCAAAAAGAAAAAAAAAAAGGAACCCUGUGCGUGAGGGGGGUGGAAAAGCAGAGCCUUUUAAAAGGGCAACACAACAACUUUUGCUGCCAGGAUGCCCUUGCUCUGGCUGAGAGGAUUUUUGUUGGCGAGUUGCUGGAUUAUAGUGAGGAGUUCCCCCACCCCGGGAUCCGAGGGGCACAGCGCGGCCCCAGACUGUCCGUCCUGCGCGCUGGCCAGCCUCCCAAAGGAUGUACCCAACUCUCAGCCGGAGAUGGUGGAGGCCGUCAAGAAGCACAUUUUAAACAUGCUGCACUUGAAGAAGAGACCCGAUGUCACCCAGCCGGUACCCAAGGCGGCGCUUCUGAACGCGAUCAGAAAGCUUCAUGUGGGAAAAGUGGGGGAGAACGGGUACGUGGAGAUAGAGGACGACAUCGGACGGAGGGCAGAAAUGAAUGAACUUAUGGAGCAGACCUCGGAGAUCAUCACGUUCGCGGAAUCAGGCACAGCCAGGAAGACGCUGCACUUUGAGAUUUCCAAAGAAGGCAGUGACCUGUCCGUGGUGGAGCGCGCAGAAAUCUGGCUCUUCCUGAAGGUUCCUAAGGCCAACAGGACCCGGAGCAAAGUCACCAUCCGUCUCUUUCAACAGCAGAAGCACCUGCAGGGCAGCUUGGAUGCAGGGGAGGAGGCUGAGGAAGUGGGCUUGAAGGGGGAGAAGAGUGAAAUGUUGAUAUCGGAGAAGGUGGUGGAUGCUCGGAAGAGCACCUGGCACAUCUUCCCCGUCUCCAGCUGCAUCCAGCGCUUGCUGGACCAGGGCAAGAGCUCCCUGGACAUACGGAUUGCCUGUGAGCAGUGUCAGGAGACCGGCGCAAGCCUGGUGCUCCUGGGCAAGAAGAAGAAGAAAGAAGAGGAGGGGGAAGGGAAGAAGAGGGAUGGAGAAGGAGGGGCGGGAGGGGACGAGGAGAAGGAGCAGUCGCACAGACCUUUCCUCAUGCUGCAGGCCCGCCAGUCUGAAGACCACCCUCACCGGCGCCGGCGGCGGGGCUUGGAGUGUGACGGCAAGGUCAACAUCUGCUGUAAGAAACAGUUCUUUGUUAGUUUUAAGGACAUUGGCUGGAACGACUGGAUCAUCGCUCCCUCGGGCUACCACGCCAACUACUGUGAGGGUGAGUGCCCCAGCCACAUAGCAGGCACGUCGGGCUCAUCCCUGUCCUUUCACUCGACGGUCAUCAACCACUACCGCAUGCGGGGUCACAGCCCCUUCGCCAACCUCAAGUCGUGCUGUGUGCCCACCAAGCUGAGACCCAUGUCCAUGUUGUACUAUGAUGAUGGGCAGAACAUCAUCAAGAAGGACAUCCAGAACAUGAUCGUGGAGGAGUGUGGUUGCUCAUAGAGCGCCCGGCCCAGGGGGGAUGGGAGCGAGAUGGUCCAGAGAAGACAGCGGUGACAUGAAGACAUGUUGAAGGUUUCUGACUGAAACAACCAGAAAAAAAAAAAAGAAAUUAAAAAAAAAAAAAACAAAAAACUAAAAGCAAAACCUGAAGCAGAUGAAGGAAGACGUGGAGAAACUCCUUAGCCAGGGCUCAGAGAUGAAACAGUGAAGGAGAUGGGAAUUGCGGGGGAGAGGGAGAGUGGGGUGCCCUUCACUUCUUCCUCCAGCAUCCGAGGGGUGACAGCAGUUGCUCAAAUGGGAAUAUCAUCCUCUCCUUUUCAGUUCCCUUUCCGUAUGAGCCUCGAAGUCAGCUUGUCUGGUCUGCAGUAAUGUGGGCGGACACAACCCAAAUAGCAUCUAGAAAGCCAUGUGUUUGAAAGGGCCAUUUAUAGGCACUUUCCCACCCGGUAACCCAGGUCGUAAGGUAUGUCUGUGUGACCCUCUCUCUGUGUAUAUCAGCCCAUGCACACACACAAAGACACACACCCCCCCUCGCAGACACACACACAUACCCACCACACACACACACACCCCACUACACACAGAUGCACACAUACAGACCACACACCCCACCGUGUACACACGAACACACACCAGACCUCGUACACACAGAGGCACACAUCGAACACACACAAAGGCAUUUCCACACCACACACACACACACACACACACACACACACAUAUUCUGGUAAAAGAACACUAGUGUGCAGGUGGUCACACCUUCUUUUUCUGCACCACUUCCGCAACAAAACAAUAACCAACAUGAAAAAAAAAAUUGAGAACAAGAAUGGGAAGCAUGAAAGAUCAAGGAGAAAAGAAUACCAAGUUACAUUUCGUUAAGGUGCUUAUGAUCUUAGAACUAUGCAACCUAAUAGGUUUGAAACUGUUUACCUGAGAGAGAACAAAAAGAGAGACUUUUUUGUAUUGGAAGUAACCUGAUUAAUUUUUAUUUUCUUCAAGGAGAGAUACUUGAAAGGAAUAUGUUUGUCCAUCUGUUGGAUCCAAACAUUUCUAUAUUUUGUAAAUGUUGUUUUUUUUUUAUCGUUUACUAUUUGCACUACAAUGGUGUUCGACCUGUCUAAUCCUUAUUUAACAAGUAUUUUCUUUGGGUGGGGGUGGGGUGGGGUUCAGAGCUGCACUUAAUGUGAGCUAUAAAAGAACUGCUACAGCACACAAAAUAGCUAUUUUUAUUAUUAUAAUUAUAAUUAUUAUUAUUAUUUUGUACCUUAAAAAAUAGACACAUACACCAAAGACAUUUGUGUGAGCCUUUAAACAGUCUGUCUGUGGUUGGUAUCAUUCACCAUCAAUGAGUCAGGGGUUGGGAUUCAAGGUUGAGUAAGGUGGAUUGUGUUCAGGCUUGAAUGACCUGAAAAGUUUGGUUUUUUUUUUUUUUUUGACUCCUUUUACAUCCAUGAAACAGGACAUUUCAUACUGGAUGUACAGUAGUUGUACACUGUUGGAUAUCAAGUUCAAUCAGAUUCAUGGAACGCUCCAUGCUCGUAUGUGUAUAUAUACAGUGCUCGGGCACAUGCAUGUCUGUGUGUAUGUAUACAUGUGGCGCAUCGUGUCCAUACACAUUUUAAGCACUUCAGGCUGUCAUUUUUUAAUGUUCUUAAGGCAAUGAAUGUUUGUGUGCAAAACACAGUAUUUUUAAGAAGGAUAGGCUAUCGUUUUUGCUUUUACUCUGAACUAGGUGGGCACAUUUCAAAAAUUUGGAUGGGAAAAGCCUGGGAAUUCCAGUGAAUAUUCAGCAAGACCCUCUUUUAAUGUACAGGGAUCCAGUUCCCUCCUCUUUCUUGUCCUCCAACCCCAUCCUACAAGUUACUUACUCCCUGCAGGGAAAACAAAACAGGAAACUCGUGUUCAAUCUAGGCUGAUUAUUUGGAUAACAUAUGUAUUAUCUGUUGGAAUCAAUCUUAAAUCAGAAGCUUUUUCAGGAAAAAAAAUUAACCUGUAAGCCAGGAUAAAAGAGGUGGGUGCAUUUUUUAAUUUGCUCUUUUAUGAUUAAGGUCAGGUUGUGAGAAAUAUUACCUGCGCAGCUGGACUCAAUAACGUUGCUGUCACUAGUUAAACGAUAAAUAAUUUGGGGGAAGGUGUUUAAGAGCAUGGGAGUAAGAAAAAGAAUGGGAGACAGGAAUGAGGGCAGUAGUAAAAAUCCCUGAUAUUUUAAUUUACAGCCCAGAUUCUUGAUGUAUAAAUUGGUAUGCAUUGAUUCAGAUGUGAAAAGGAAAAAAAAAAAAAAACAUACUUUGUUUUAUAAAUAUCAAAGUACAUGCUUAAAGCUAAAUUGUUACUGAUUUAUUUUAUGAUAUUUAGCUUGCCUAGGUCAUACUUAUUCAUUUAUGUGCUUUUUAAAAUACAGAGCCUUACUUAUACUGAUUUGUUGAAAUUUGUGAAAGUUGGGGGGAAAAAAGGUCCCAUGGGGGAAAUUAUGUUUGUUAGAAUUCUGUAAAAUAUUGAAGCUUUCAGCCCUAUGCCAAUUUGUAGAUUUUUUAAAAACAUUAAUAGUAGGAAAAUAAAGUAUCAGUGAGAAAUCAUUCCCAAGGUGAUUUAGCUCUUCUUGAGAAAUAGACCAAAUCAACCUGCUAUCUACUAGGCUGUAUGUAGGCAGAUUUAAUGUUGUUACCUAGCUGUACAUACUACAGUCUGGAGGUUCAUCCUUUGUUGUGCAGGAACCCCCGCACGAGUGCAUAAGAAUAGAUUCUAAUUAAGUAUGAGAUGGAGUGCAUGCAACAUUGAUACUUCCUCACCCUUAACCAUGGGCUAGGAAAUUGGCAGCUGAGUGUCAUGAAAUUUUCAUGAAAAACUUUGAGGGCCUUUUGAACUGCUUCUUAUUUGGCAUUGGAACUAAUAGAGGAACCUAUGAAAAUAGCAUGGGAAAUCAAGUCCUAGUUCACUGUGUAAUGGCAGAGAUGGCCCAGGCAAUAGGCAAAGCGAAAAGAGGUUGAAAAAAAUAGCUGAUCUCUGUCUGUGGCUCCCAUUCAUCUCAAAUAUGUAUGCCAUCUACUGAAGCCUUUAAAUCUUGGAUAUGUUGAGGGUACAAUGGGGUUUGCUGAGUGACCACAGUAAUUAGUAGCAGAGCUAAAUGAAAUUACAUAUGACAAUAUUUUAAUGGGAAGACUUCAUUUAAUAAAUUACACAUCUCCAAACUUUAAUUAAAAUAUUUUAUUAAAUGUAUAUGGCCUUGAAAUAGAAUGAUAAAUUAAAACUAUCUUUGAUAAUCUUGGAAGUUAUGCAACUUUGUAAACAGCCAUGCUGUUCAUGGAGCAGCGUGAAGUCAGAAGAAAAAGCUUUUAAAUUCCACCAGACUGGGUCUUCCCUAUCUGUUUUCCUAAAGUAAGUUUAGCUUCAUCUGAUCUGUGCUCUUUCUGUAGGGCUCAUUUCUAGGCUCUUAAAAGUCUACCCACAUCCAAUCUUCAAAGAUCUGAAAAGCAUGUGUUCCCAAAUAAUUUUUAAGAAUCCUAAAUAUGUUGUAGAUUUGAUUGACUUUUUCUUUUUCUUUUUUUUUUUUUCCCAAAAAAGUAAGGUGAAUUCCAGAACACUGAGUUGGGAUUUUCUUGUCUCUGAAGAUCAAUCAAUUUCAUACUUAUUUAAGAUUGAUUCCAUACUCUGAUUUUAAGGAGAGUACCUGCCUUCUCCAAGUGAAUUUUUUUGUCACCCUCAAGAGAUUGAACGUCAAGGUGACUCUAAAAUCAGAAAAGGCAAAUGCCUUAGUGCUAUUAAGCUUAGACUCAAAUUAUCAUGUUCACUUGAAAAAAUGAUUUCCUGUGGGCCUUUUGGAAACUUCUGUUUUCAAUAUAGAGAAAAACUUAGUCACCCUGAAAACCUACACAAUAAAUGGAACUUGUAGAUGUGGGCAGAAGUCUUGGGGGUGGACACUGUGUAUGUUUAAAUUAAACCCUUUAUCACUGAGAAGCUGUUGUAUGGGUCAGAGAAAAUGAAUGCUUAGAAGCUGUUCACAUCUUCAAGAGCAGAAGCAAACCACAUGUCUCAGCUAUAUUAUUAUUUAUUUUUUAUGCAUAAAGUGAAUCAUUUCUUCUGUAUUAAUUUCCAAUGGGCUUUACCCUCUAUUUAAAUGCUUUGAGAAACAGUGCAUUGACAAUGGGUUGAUAUUUUUCUUUAAAAGAAAAAUAUAAUUAUGAAAGCCAAGAUAAUCUGAAGCCUGUUUUGUUUUAAAACCUUUUAUGUUCUGUGGUUGGUGUUGUUUGUUUGUUUGUUUGUUUUAUUUUGAUUCUUUUUUUUUUUGGCAUAUUACAUGCAGUUCUUUAACCAAUGUCUGUUUGGCUAAUGUAAUUAAAGUUGUUAAUUUAUAUGAGUGCAUUUCAACUAUGUCAAUGAUUUCUUAAUAUUUAUUGUGUAGAAGUACUGGUAAUUUUUUUAUUUACGAUAUGUUUAAAGAGAUAACAGUUUGAUAUGUUUUCAUGUGUUUAUAGCAGAAGUUAUUUAUUUCUAUGGCAUUCCAGCGGAUAUUUUGGUGUUUGCGAGGCAUGCAGUCAAUAUUUUGUACAGUUAGUGGACAGUAUUCAGCAACGCCUGAUAGCUUCUUUGGCCUUAUGUUAAAUAAAAAGACCUGUUUGGGAUUUA